CAAAAACACAAAGAGCGAAGUCCGAACAGCUGUUUCAUGGCGACUGCCAGUGUUUUGUGAUGGUUGUCAACAAUUUUCUUUCGAAAAAGGAAAAAAAUUCGCUGCGCACUCAGAACUGCUUUUAGUAUCAUUCAAAAUCGGCUCGAUUUGUGUGUCGCUCGUUUCGCCCGUUGUUCAUUGGAUCCGGUCUGUGAAAAUUCGUUCGUAAUUUGAGCCUUGUGGGAAACAGUGAGAGAAAAAAAAACCAAAGUUUCGCCUUGUUAUGAACAACGUCGAGUCGUCGCCGUCAUCGUUGUCGUUGAGGUUUCUUGAACGCUCCGCCAUUUUUGUGGCAUUGUCAGUUUCGAACGAGUUUUGAGUCGUUGUCGUCGCAGUGGCCCCGUGAGUGAAAAAUUUCUGAAUUUUCCCCCGUGCCGCGAAACGUAGUGCAAGGAAAGAAAAAGGUGGAAGGUAUCGCGUCCGUCCCUCGUUCCCAACGUUUGCUCGCCCGAUUUCAGGUGAAUUCUGUGCCAACGUCGUACGGUCCGUGCAUAAUAUUCUCCUGUGGGACGUGCGUGCUGUAUUUUGUGGUUCCGUAGUUCGAAGAAGUUGUGUUCGCCCGCGGGGAGAUGUCAGCGCCCACCAGCUCAGCCGUGAGGGCUCUGGCCCUCGAGUACAAGAGCCUGCAGGAGGAGCCCGUCGAAGGAUUUCGCGUGAAAUUGCUCAACGAGGACAACUUGUUCGAAUGGGAAGUGGCAAUUUUCGGACCCCCCGACACGCUCUACCAAGGCGGAUACUUCAAGGCCCAUAUGAAAUUCCCUCCAGACUACCCAUACUCACCUCCUUCGAUUCGAUUUUUGACAAAAGUGUGGCAUCCAAAUGUUUAUGAGAAUGGCGAUCUAUGCAUUUCAAUACUUCAUCCGCCGGUUGACGAUCCGCAAAGCGGUGAAUUGCCGUGUGAACGUUGGAAUCCUACACAAAAUGUUCGAACAAUUUUGUUGUCUGUCAUAUCUUUGCUAAACGAACCAAACACAUUUUCGCCAGCAAACGUUGAUGCCUCCGUCAUGUAUAGAAGAUGGAGAGAUUCUCACGGCAAAGAUAAUGAAUAUCCAAAUAUUAUUAGGAAACAAGCAUUGGCGGCAAAAGCAGAAGCCGAAAAAGAAGGAAUCGUAGUACCCACAACGUUAGAAGACUAUUGUAUUAAGCCAAGUUUAAAAUCGGCGAAUCAAGAGCCACAGCUCGAUAUGACUGACUUUUAUGAUGAUGAUUACGAUCUAGAAACAGAAGAUGACGAUCAGCAAUCAGAUGACUCGGAUUAUGUUGACGGCGACGAUAGCGGAAACGGAGAAACGUGAUGAACUGAAAUGAACAAAGUAAAAGUAAUAUUAUUGUAUGAAAGAUUUUUUUCUAUUUAUUACAAAAAGAAUAAAACGCUAGAUUUAAAAGAAAGAAAAUUUAAGAAGUGAUAAAUCUAAGAACCUUUUAAAUGUUUUGCGGUAGGUUUUCCUGAUUAUAUUUUAUAAAAAAAAAUCUCCAUAGAAAAGAAAAUGAACCAAAAAAAUACUUAAAAUCCGUAAAAUUUCCAAAAAAAAUAUUGAAAGAAAUAAUUUUUUCGUCGACCAUUUCUCACGAUAUACGCAAAUUACUGGUAAAUUAUUUUCACAUUUAUCAUGAACAUGAAUUACAGCUGAAAUGUUAAUUAUGAAUAGAAUUAAUUAGAAUAUAUUGAAGAAAACCGAUCAAUAAAGAGCAAAAAACGCAUUGCACUUUAUAAAAAACAAGCAUAGGCCUCUUGAAAAUUAUGACGUGAGCUGGGUGUCGUUUCAAAUUUACCACAAUUCGGUAUUAGUCCCAACGUGUUACGUCAUUGGUUUAGUUUCGAACCAUGCAAAAAAGAACAAUUGUCGCAGUCAAACAUUUUAACAUACGAAGUGAAUAUAUUAUAUUUUACUUAGAGUUACAGAGUCGUCAAAGAUACGAGUCCAUAGAGUUGAUUGUCAACGCUCUUCUACAUAUGCAAGUUCGCUUUUGCAUCGGGAAGAAGGUGAUACGGAUAAUAGAUCCCAACAAGAUUCGGGAACAAUGUGCUGGGACUCAUAUCUUUUACGGCGCUCCGGGUAAGCACUUUAAACCACAAUGUAAAUAAAGUACUUUUAAUGUAAUAUAAAUGACAUGAGGAGGAGUUGAAGAUAUCACACAUAUGAUAAAAUGCAGCAUAAACAUUACCUACAAUAUCUUAGCGUUAGCUUUACUAGAUUUAUCGAUCCACUGGAUAUAUCGAUUUGUGGCAAAAUAGAAAUUAAACAAAAAAGUGAGAGAAGAACUAAAAUCCAAGAAGGAAAAACCGCUGUUAAUACUGAAAAUGAAUCUUUCCAAUAAUUUUGCUCCUAAUUUAAAUCUUAACGAAAAUCAUUUGGUGCAUGUUGUAUUAGAAAUCCAUAAUGAAAUCAUCAUGUUAAGUAAGGAGAUGUGUAACGAAAUCCACGAACAGCCACUACUACGUAUGACAUUCGACUGUACAUAAAUUGUUUUGCUACAGCCGAAGUUUACUGCCAAUAUAUUAUUGUAUCCGCUUUAUAAGGAAUAUAGCAAUAGAGUCUUGGUGAAGUACAGAAUAUAACACGAAACAUUUGUGCAGUCACAUUUGAGAAAUUUUUCAUUUGCUAAAGUAAAUAGUUUGAAUAUGUAGUCCUAAGUUACUUUAGUCUCGAUUGUCAUCUUUAUUUUGUUUAAUAUAAUUAAGAGCGCUAAUAUUAGACAAA